UUCAAUUGGUCAAUUUGAAUUGGUCAAUUCUGUGUGUGUGAAAAAAAAAUCUUUUCGUCAAAUAAUCAUUUCAACGAAAACUUCCGGGGGCCAAACAAAAUAUUCAACGAUUACCAUACAAUCAUUACAUUGAUCAUCAUCAUCAUAAUAAUCAGGUUUUACGAAAAUCAGAAAAAAAACAAUGAUAAGCCGUCGACGAAUAUUAUCCCGAUCAAGGGAUGAAUUAAUGAUGAAUGGUGCAAAUGGUAAUGGUAAUGGUAAUCAAUAUCCAGAUAAUUAUAAUCCAUAUGAAGAUGAAGAAGAUGUUUGGUAUUCAAAAGAUAAAUUAAUGAAGGAUCAUAUAUUAGAAAUAUUAAAUAAAUGGGAACAAAUCGAUGAUGAAAUAUGGGCCAAAUUAAUCUGUAUGGAACGUAAUCGUCGUGUUGCUAAAGCAUAUGCACGUGCACCAAUUUUAACAAUAAAUGGUACUGAUGAUGGUUUUGAUGGUUAUCGUAUCGGUUUAAAUGGUUUUGAUAAUCCAUUACGUGAUCAAAAAACUGAUAUUAUUAAACAUCAUAUUGGUGAUGGCGUUAAAAUUCGUAUGGAUGAUGAUGGUAAUAUUCUAAUCAAACGUUUAGCAAAAUCAAAUGUUUAUGUUAAAGGAUGGCAAACCGGUAAUACAAAUAAUAAUAAUUUAAAUAAUUUAAAUGGAAAUGGAAAUGAUUCACAAUCAACAACACAACAAGAAUCAUCAGUUUCAAUGGAAAUCAUUCGUAAUAAUGGUUUAUUAGAAUUGAAUAAAGCUGUACGAUUAUUUGAUAUGAAAAGGUUUCAACAAAAUAUGAAUCGUGAAUUACGUCGUGCAUAUCCGGAUCGUCGUAAAUUAGAAAAUCAAUGUAUUUGUUGUAUAAGUUUUGUAAAAGAUGCACCAGAUUUACUUGAUCUACCGGUUUGGAUUAUGGUUAUCAAUAUUGUUGCAAUGGAUAUGCUCAAAUCUAAAUUACCACCAGCAAUUUCGAAACGUCAAUCCGUACCAAAUUUGGUUACAUUGUUUGAUCGACAAAAAGCUGCCAUUCAAGAAGAAGAUCCAUAUACAUUACCCGGUAAUAAUAGUUCCGGUUCAUCAGGUGGAUCAAGAUCAUCUGGACAUUAUGUUAGUACAGUAUCUUCAUCAUUAUUACAACCACCAUUAUCAUCGAAUGGUAGCAAUAAUCAUAAUUCAAAAAAUAAUGAUCCAAAACCACCAAAACUUCCACCAAGAGAUUUUGAAAGAAAAAAUAAAUCACGUUUAUUACUUUCAUCAACGAAAAAAUCUUCAACAAAAAAUCAAUUGCCUAAAGAUCAAGAUGAUGAAAAUCAAUAUUCAAUAAGGCCUUUGAAUAAUAAUCCACGUACUUUUGAUGAUCCCUAUUAUAGUGGAUUUAGUGCUCGUGUGCCGAAUUUUGCCAAGAAAUCUUCCAACAACAACAACAACAACAAUCAUGUAUCAUCAUCAUCAUUGAUGGCAACAACAAACAUGACAAUACCAUUCAAAUCAGCUUAUAAUCAAUCAGAUUUUCAUUCAAGAAAAGUACCGACUAGUGGAUUUUUAAAUUCAUAUCUAAAAUCACCAAAUAUUAUACAUUCACGUACCGCUUCUUAUCAAUCCUAUUAUGGUUCAUUAGGUGAAUCUGAUCCAUAUACUGCAUCAAGUGAAAAUGGUGGUGGACCAAAUGGUGAUGAUUCAUUUAAUUCAUAUGGUAAUGGUAGUGGUGAUUCAACAUAUGGUAGUACAAGAAUCGGUAUGGCUUCAACACGUUAUGAUUUAAAUAAUAAAUAUGGUGGUAUUGUUGGAAAUAAUGGUAAUUCUCAUUAUCCAUAUACUCAAUAUCCAUAUCAACAUAAUGGAAAAAAUAAUCAUCAACAUCAUAAUCAUCAUAACGGUGGUGGUGGUGGUGGUGUGGGUAUGCCAAAACAACAAUCAACAAUGACACCAUAUAUUUAUCGUUCAUCACGUAAUGAUGAUUAUUAUUGUGCCUGGGAUGAAUGAAUGAAUAAUAAGAAUCAAAUGAUGGAAUAGAAACAUUUUAUCGAUUUCUACGGUCGUUUUAUUUUUCACCGCAAUCGUCGAAUGAUAAACUGCUUGGAUCAGUUUUAUCUUUCUUUUUUUAUUGUACAAUAAUUUAUCCACAAGAAUCAUGGAUCCAUUUUUUUAACUUUGAACCUAAUUUUUUUCUACAUACUGCCUCUGCAUACAUUUUACUUUUGAAAAUUUCUUCUGUUUUUCUUGUUAUUUUUAUUUUUAUUUUUCGUUCACCCAACAACCCAUUUUUCAACCGUUCUACAAUUUGUUGAGCGUUAACGACUUUUGUCGUCAUUUUUUUUGUUCCUUAUAAGAUUUUUUUACCGUUUAGGAAU